AUGGAUUAAUAAGCCAAGAGGAUUAAUACUUAUCUUUUUAUGAGUAAUGCUGCUUCAGUUUAUACAUUGCGAAAUUAUAUGUUAAAAAAAUUUAAGUAACUGCUCAACAAUCUUAGUCAUGGUAAAAUUUUGAAAAAUGAGGCAAGUAAUUUAGAUUUGGAGCCUUGUAUUAAAUUAAGAGGUGGUGGGUGUUGUGGAACAAAAAAAAUUCAUUCUGAUAUAACAUAUGGCAAUUAAAAUUUUGAAGAAAAUUUUGCAUCCAAAUUAUAAACUUAUACUAAUAUCAUUGUUGAAAAAUCGUUAAACUUUCAGGAUAAGAUGAAUCAAGAAGAAAUCCUGGCUGCAUUCUAGUGGUUUCACAAUCACAAAGAGUAAUUUAACAUUAUUUGUAAGGAUGAUGCUUUAAACUCGUAAUUUUAUGAACUUAUAGAAAGGAUUGUAGAAUAAUUGAUGAAAUAACUGAUAAUUUUUUUAAAACUCUCUGGGUUCCUAUUCUAUUUGCUACUCUAAAUUUGUAAUGUUUUAUUCAGAAUAAUAUUUUCAUAUUAAUCAAAGAAUGAAGAAAGAUAUAUGUAAGCGGAAUUACAUAAGAGAUUUUUAGAAUAUAUUUAAGAAAUCGAAUCUUAAAUCUAAGUAGAAUCGAUUAAUAUUUGGUUUAAUGGUGUAGAUUUUGAGCUCAAGAUGAUUAAGACAUGUAUUGCUCAUUGUAGGACAAACUCUGAAAAAGGUAAGGAAUUAGCCAUAUCUAUUAUGUCUGGAUUGAUCUCAUCAUUAUCUUAAUUAAAACCCAGUGAUGAAUUGAUUGACUCUCUUAUAGAAGGAGGUAAGUUUUUACUUUUAAAUUUCUAUAAUAAACAAAUCCAAAAUCCUUUACAAAUUUACGAGAUAUAUUACUUUUUUGAAAUUCUGAAAUGGUCAAUAGUAAAUCAAUUAAAAUAGGGCUAUUCCGUUUAGAAUAUCAUUAGGCAAAUUCAAGAUGGAUACCAAAAGUAUAUAAAGCUUUCUAAGGAUUGGAUGAUACAUUAUUGUUGGGUUAACUUAAUAUCUGAUCUCAUGUGCUAUAGACCGAUUGUUUAAAAGGAUUAAUUAUCAUAACUGAUGUAAAUUGGAACUGCUAAUCAAGAAAAUUGGAAUUAAUUAUUAAAGUAAAAUUAAAUAAUUUUACUUCCUUAUAAUAAAUUUGCUGGUAAACUAAAAAUAUUUGGAAACUAAAAUUUUAAAGUUAAAAAAUUUGCACCUUUAAAAUUAUUUUAAGAGUACUUGAUUUAGAAUUCAAGUGAGAUUUAAUUAUUGCAAGAUUAUAUCAACUUUAAUUUCAAUUGCUAGGCAGAUCAAUAAUUAAAUGAAGAGGAUCUAUUUAUCUAAUAAUUAACGAGUCAAUCGAAUUUAGAAUUAAUAAAGGAUUUAAACAAUUAUUUAGGAUCUCAGAAAGACCAAUUAAUAAAUAAUUUCGAAUCUGUAAAGUAAUAAGUGCUUUAAUAUAACGCUUAACUCAAAAAUAACAAGGUUAUAGAAAUCAAAAUAAUAAAACAGGACAUCCAUUUUUUAAUGAAGUCAUUCAAACAAACCAGCAAUUUAAUUUUAUGCUUACUCUAAGAGAUAAAUUUAUUGGUAAAUAAGGAACUCCAAAUCAAUUCAAUUUUCUAAACAUUCUUAGAAAGUCUUAAUACGAUUAAUGCCGAAUAAUUGAAUAAAAUAAAACAAUAAACAUUAACAUUAAUUUAAGAGAUUGAAAAUAAACAUAUAGCAGAGUUUAUAGGAAAUUUAGAUUAGGUAACUGCAUUUUGGAUACAUUUGUCUGAAUAUACGACAAUUUAGCACGAAGAAUUAAUUGAAGGGAACCUAGAAUAGGAUCAAUCGCUUGAAAUUUAACUUAAUGAAACUAUUUAAGUCUUUGCUACCUAUUGUCUAAACAUAGAUAAAUUUCUGUUAUAAGUAUCAACUGUGAAGAGAAACUUCUUGAAUAUUCUAAAAUAGCAAAACUACAAAGAUUUUUUAAAAGCCCCAAUUUCUCAAAGACAUAUAGCUGAGGAGAUAAUCAGGAUUUUGUAUUCAAAGCUGAUAGUGAAAUUGGUUAAUAAAGUUUAAGGAUAUUUCUAAAACAUGGAAAAGGUGAAAUCAAAAAUUGAGGAAGUAUAAGAUAUUCGAAAAGUUCUCAAAAUCAUUUAUACCAGUUUAAAUAUUCAUAAGGGAAUAAAAAUGAUGCUUUGUGUCCAUCAAAAAAAACUGAAUACAAUAUUCCCAUAAUUUUAAGGGAUUUUUUCAAGUAAAGGAGUUCAAGAAGCUGAUGGAGAAUAAUAAAAUUAAACAGAUAUCAAUGAAUAAAUUAGAGCAUUAAUUCUUGACAAGAAAGAGAAGUUAUAAAUUUUAUUUAAUAAAUAUUAAAACACAGAAUUCACAAAGGAGCAAUAAAAUGAUUUUAAUAAUCUAUCAUAUCAAAUUUAUAGGGAAAUAAACGAUAUAAAAAAAUAGAAUUGGAAGGAGCAAAUAUAAGAACCACUUAUAUUAUUGUUCUAGGAGGUUAGAAUUAAAUUAGAAAUAUUUGGGUUGGUUUAGAAGGAGAGAAAUAUUAUAUAAUAAGAAAUUUUAAAAUUGCUGGAUAGCUAUCUUUAAGAAAUAAAUUAAGAAGAAAAGACAGAGGAAUUAUAAUCGUGUUCAAGGGAUCCUUAAUUACCUUCUUCUAGAUAAGAAUUACUAAAAUUAAAUUUAGGAGAUUUGAUUGAGUGUGAAAAGUUCAUCAAAACAUUAGAAGGCUUAAUUAUGAAAUCUCAAAAGCUAAAGAGGAUAUUCAAAUCAAAUCUAAUUGAAGCUGCUACUUACAAUUAAUCAACAAAUGUAUAGUUAUUGAAUAAAUUAAAAAGUGUAUAUACAUAAAGUUUAUAUCAAAUAAUAAGUGAUAUAUCUCAAUAAACUCUAUAGUUUUGUCAGUAGAUAAAUAGGAAUGAAUAAAUGAUUUUUAGUGAGAAUUUUAUUGCAAAACUCCAAAAAUAACCUUAAAUUUAGCAAGUUCAUGUAAGGAUUUAAAUAUUAAAUUUUAAUACUCUUUGCAUUGAAGAUUAAGCUCCAUAAAAUUAGGAUAGAAAAGAUGAUAUAAUCUCAACUAUGUUUAAGGAGUUAAAAAAGAGCACCAAGACAAAUUAAGAAGUAAGUAUUUUUGAUAUGUUUUAAAAUUCUUCAUAUAAAGCUAGGGAAAUCCUUGUAUUUAAUUUGAUAAAGAUGUAAUCCGUAGUUCAAGAAGAAAUAAUAUAAGAGUUUUGCGAAAAUUUAUUAAAAUAAAUUUGGAUAAUUGAAAAACAUCCUAGUGUUAGAAGCUUACUGAAAAAUGAGGAAAUGAUUGUGAUGUAGAAGAAACUAUUUUCAAAAGAUUUACAAAAUUUCUCAAAUAAGUUAAAAACAGAAAUGCAAAAUAGAUUCAAAUAAAUUGAACAACUUGAAACUCAAAUUCUUCUUAGCGAUAAUUAAGAAGAAAUAAAGUUGUAGCUUCAACAAGAAUAUGAGAAUUUUGAAAUAUAUUUAGAUAAUAUUACGGAUAUGUCACAAAGAUUAGAUAUUAGUUUAAUGUUUUUAAGAGAAAUUAGUAAGGAUUUGAAAAACAUAAAAUCAUCAAUAGAUAAGGUAUUAACUAGCAUAAAAAGUGUGGAGGAUGAUAUAAGAAGAUUGAGAGGGAAGAACUUUAUGGAAUUACUGAGCAUGCGAAAAUAAAAGGUUUUAAAAUAAAAAUAAGAGAAUGAACUUGAUUAAAUUCACAUAUAGGUUACAACACAAGAUUACGAUCCUAUUUCUGGAAAUAAAAAAACGAACAGUAAAGGGGAGUUCAUCACAUUCUUAAUAAAGAAUUAAUAUGAUAAUUUUGAUGGGGAAGUGAAUGAAUUUUUAUGGAGUGACUAAGAAAAGCAAAAAGAUGUUAUGUUAAUAAAAGGGAAAGCAGGUUCUGGUAAGAGUAGAGCUGCACGUAAUAUCGAAGAAUUUAUAUGGAUUUGCGAUUCAAUAAAACCAAAUUGGAUCCCUAUUUAUUUAUCUCUUCCAUCCUUAAAAGACCCACAUCAUAAUUUGAUAGAUUAGGCUCUUGAAUCUGAAAUUUACAACUUUGAUAAUAUACAAAUAAGAGAGUUCAAGGAUGCUGUCAUCAAUGGAAACUUAAAGAUUGUAGUGAUUCUUGAAAGUUAUGACGAAAUGAAAAUUGAUUGCAUUGGAACUAAUCUUUAUCAUACAAAUAGAUUGGUUUAAGAUCUUAAUCUUUAGGCAUCAGGACAAACAGUUAAAAUGAUUAUAACGACAAGAGAAGAAAUUUUGAAUUAAAUAGGAUAUUAAACAUGGUUUUAUGGUCAAAGCAUAGAAACACUUAAAGAAAUUGAGAUAUUGCCUUUUAGUUAGGAACAGAGUUCACAAUAUAUAAAAAUAUAUGCUGAAAUAAGUGUUAAGAGAACUAUUAAAAGAUUUUAUGAGUUUCUCAAAUAAUUGAAAGGUUAAGUAAUUUCACUAGAUGAGUUUAAGUAAAUAUGGAGUUAAAUAGAGAAUACAAUUAAUUCAAUUAUAAUGUAGAAAUAAAAUUCUGAAGUGUUGUUUUAGACAUAGGAUGUGGAUAAAUUGAUAUUAAAGAUUUAAGCAGUAGAGUUUUUUAAUUUUAUAAAAUCAAAUUAGAUGGUAUCAUUAAAAAAGGAGUUAUUGUAACUUUGGGGAGAGUAGAAAUUCUCUUAAGUAAUUAAUAACGUCAACAUCAAUCAUCUACUGACAACUCCAUUUAUGAUGGAAAUAAUUGUUUAUGUGUUACCUAAAAUGUCAUAAUUUUUCUCGCAAUCUAACUUAAUAAGAGAUUUACUAAAGAAAAAUUUUAUGGUUUUGAAAAGAGAGGCUAAGAAAUCAGAGGUAGUGAUUGAAGAAUAUUAAACAAGGUAAAAUAAGAAUUCAGAAGAUUUGAAUCAAUUAAAUGUAAAGAAAGAGAAAAAAAAUUUAGAAUCAGAAAUACUGGAAUAAUUUAAUUUAAUUAUGGAAGACUUGGACAGUUAAAACUUUUUCGAGUAGUUUUCUAUAGCCAACUCUCUAGAAUAUAUCAAUAAUAAUACUAUCUUUUCAAGCAGAUUUUUUAAAGUGAGGUAUGAUGCAAAUUUUAUUGUUUCAGCCUUUAGGUUAAACUAAUUUACUGCUUUCGAUUUUUAUGAAAUAUUUGUUAACUUUUAUCAUAAUUAACAAUUACAAAAAUUGAAGGACUUGGGAAAAAGUAUAAAACUAGAAAGUGUUCUAUUGGACUUAUAAGAUUUUUCAAUAUUUUUAGCUAUAGAUAUGUCUCAGAGAUAAAUUACCCAAGUGAAUUAUAAAUCAAAAGGGAAACUAUACAUUAAGUAAGCUGAGGAAGAAAGGAAAGUUGAGGUCUCUUGGGAAGACUCAUAUUUCAGUGAUAAUUAAGAUGAUUUUGAGUACAAGACUCUAUUACGCAAGUGUAUGUUGAUUAAUUCAAAGGGCAGUAUAUAUUCAUUUAAUCAUAAAUCCAUUUAAGAGUUUUUUGUUGCCAAAUACAUCUUAAACUUGAUUGAGAGACUCUUCAACAAUGAAUCACAAAGUGUGGAUCAAACUGUGUUAUAAAGCAGUAGUUUUAAUAAGGAUUAAUUCAACCUAUCUUUGGAUCAUUACUCUGGAACUUUGGAAAUAUUAAAACCUAAAUUGAAAUAGAUCGGAGAGAUUAAACAGAAAUUAAUUCAGAUAAUCUAAUUGUCAAAGAUUGAAUCUAAGAAAAAAUUUUUAAGGUCAGCUUCAAAUUCACUCUACAUUAUAAGUUCAUUGAGGGAGCAUUUUGAUGGCAUCGAUUUUAGUAACAUCUAGAUAGAGGAUACUAAAUUGAAUGGCAUAAGUUUCUAUUAGUGUAAUUUAAACAAUACCUGCUUUAAUAACGUUUCAAUUGAUUCAUGUAAUUUUAAUUGUGCAAAAAUAUAGAAUGCUGUUUGGGAAAAACUGAUUUGCAAAGAGAAACCCUCAUUAUCAGGUCACAACUCGAAGAUAACUUAGGUUGUGUUUAGUGAUGAUGGAACCACCUUAUUAUCAGGUAGUUAGGAUGGAACUCUUAAUAUCUGGUAGGUUUAUGCUGACGAAGAGCCAAAGAGAGCAGACCUUCCAAAUAAUGAUAAAUUAAUUACAAUAUCGAAGGGUAAAAAUUUGCUUGCCUGUCUCUCAGAGAAUAAUGUAUAUUUCUAUAAUCCACAUAAUUUGACGUAAUUGAGAUUUGAAGCUUUGGUUAAUGAUAAUUACGGUGAUGUUAUUUUGUCUCCAAACGAUGAAUGGUUAGCCGCAUAGGUGAAAUAAGGACAGGUACACUUAUGGAAAAUUGAAAAUCUCGAAAAACCAAUAUAAAAUUAAAGAUACAUUUCUAAGGAAAAUGAUAAGGGAUAAAUUAAUUGCAUUGCAAUUUCUUCUAAUUAUUAACUCUUAGCAACAUGUGGUAAGCAAAUAACUCUAUGGAAUUGUAAUAAAAUAUCAGACAUUCAGGAAAUUGCAGAGCUUCCAGCAUAAUCCAAGAAUAUUUUCGGAGUUGCUUUUUCAAAAGAUAAUGAAAUCUUAGUAACUGGGGGAGAAAAUAAAUAGCUUAAAUUUUGGAACAUUAAAGAUUUAACUAAUGUUUAGCUGCUUUAUUCAUUUGAUUAAUAAGAGAUCAUAAUGCAAGUAUCUUAUUCAUAUGAUGGAAAAAUGCUAGCUGCAAGAACCUAAUCAUCAAUUAAAUUGUAUGAGGUUGACAAGCUGCUAGAAUAAUAGGACUUUUUUAAAUUACUUCCUCAAUGUCAUUUUAAGAUAAUUGAGAUAUCUUCUGAUUGCUAGAUAUUAACUUCUGCUGAAUAUUAAACAUCUUAUUAAAAUAACAGCAAAGCUAAAAUAUAUGUUUGGGAUAUUAAAAACUUUCAUUAAAUUUAAAUGAUUCAUACAUUAGAGGAACACACUUAAAAUAUUUUAUGUUUAAAAAUUACAAAUGAUAACAAAGUUUUAGGUUCAAGUAGCGUAGAUCAGACUAUUUGUUUAUGGGAUUUAACCAAAUACAGCUUAAUUAUAAAAUUAGAAGCACACACUAAAAAGGUCUCUAAUAUUGCUUUUUCAUUUGAUGGCAGAUAAAUGGUAUCUAACGGUGAUGAUAAAACAAUCAUUUUUUGGGAUAUCACCAAAAUAGAUUAGCCUCAAAUUUAAACGAAAAUAUAAUAAUCAACGGAUACAAAAAUCAUUGCUUUUUGUCCAUUCAAAUCAAUUAUGGUGUCAUUAGCAGGUCCAACUUCAAAAGGGAUCCAAUUUUGGAAUACAGUUGAAUUUACACAAAUUCCUUUCGAACCAAUCUUAGAUUAUUUCUUAGAUGUAAGUUUUCGGAAAGAUGGUAAUGCUAUGGUUACAUUGAGUAAGAAUAUUGGAAUAAGGAUUUGGAAAAUAAAUGAACAAUCCUUCUAAAUUGAGAAGAAAAUUCCUCUAAUAAAUCUUUAAUAUUUACAAAGAGGGUUUUAUUUAGAUGAUGAAAACUUUAUAAUACAGAAUAAUAUUGACGUGAUUCAAUUGUAAAUUCAAAAUGAAGAAAUCAAAUACACUUCUAAAUUACUUUUCUCUCGGAAUGCCUAUGGAAUGUCAGUAGCAUCAAAUUCUAAGUUUGUUGUAAUUGGAAGCAUAAAAGGUCUUGAGAUUGUGGUUAGGGAAAAUCAGAAUAGUCCAAAUUAAAUUUCUUCAGAAAGCAACAUUUAAUACAGAGGCUUUUAAUUUUCUCUUGAUUCCUCUCUUAUUUCUGCAGUAUUUGAGAAAGGAUUUGUUAUUUAAAAUAUCGAAACCAAGUAAAGAGUAAAGAAUUUUGAAGAAAAGAAUAAUUGCUUAUCUGUUGGUUUUGUUAGCAAUGAAAGAGUGAUUGUUGGAACAGAUACACUUGGAGGAUAACUAAUUUUAUACGACAUCAAAGAUUGGUAAUAAAUAACAAAGUUGUCGGUCAUCUAAUUACCUAGAUCCCCUUAUAAAAUCACUUUUUUAGAAUAGAGACAAUAAAUUUGUGUAUAUAGUUAUUACCAUAUCAUUUUACUCAAUUUAUAAAAAUUAGACUUAAUCUAAUUGAUUUAGAUUAAUAAAGGUAAAAAAUCAGGAGAAGCUAUUUUCAAUUCGGAUUAGUCAUUUUUUGGUGUGGGUUUAGAUAAUCGUAUUUAUUUUCAAUCUUUAUCAGAUAUACUUAUUUUGGAUAAAAUUUUUACAUUAACCCAACCGAAUUAUUUGUAUAAAAACUUUUCAUAGAAUAGUGAGUUUUUUUCGGCUAUCUCAAAAGAUUCAAUAUAUUAUUAAUAUGAAUUAAAUAAAAACUAGAUUGCCAAAUAAACUAAUCUGAAUUUAGCAAAUUUGGAAUUUGCUACUUUAAAUCCCUAAGAAUCGCAAUUGGUUGCAAUUCAGAAUGCGCCGAAUUAAAAAUGGCGAUAAAAAUUAUCGAUGAUUGACCUUGAAACGUAAAAAACAAUAUCAUGCUUUGAAGAGAUCGAUGAAGAAAAAUUUGUAUGCUUAAAAGCGAUCUUUUCUGAAGAUGGCUUAAAUUUUGUAUCAUGCUAUUUAGACUUAACAAUUAAAUUGUGGGAUGCUAAAUCUUGCAAAUUGUUAUCCAUGUUUAAAAGUGAUACUGCUAGCAUUGAUUUUCUUAGAAUAUCUUCAAAAGGGAUAUUAGCUUAGACAAGCAAAGAAGUCAUAAAGUUGUGGAACUUGAUAGCAUUAAAACAGUAAUAAUUUGAAAUGGAUGGUCACACUGAUUCAGUUAAUUAAUUGUGUAUCUCCUCAGAUGGUUUCUAAUUGGUUACAGGAUCUAAUGUUGAAAUCAUAAGGUGGGAUUUGAUAGAACUAAGAAAAAUUGAUGUAUUAUUAACAGGUAAAAGACUUCCAUCGUCAUUUUGUUUUUCUACUAACUGUUAAUAUUUUGCUGCUCAAGAUGAUAAACAAUUAAUCCACAUAUGGAAAUUAAAUACAAAAUUCAUGAUUGAAAAUCAUUAUCAAUAAUUUUGUAUUAUUUAAGACAAAGUUGCUUUUAGUUUAGAUCAAACACAACUUAUAUGGAAGCAUAGUAAUUCAUAAAUAUUCAUCUUGAAUUUAGAGCAGGUAUUUAGAUCAAAAUAACUAAUAUCAUAACCUAGAUUUAGUCCUGAAUCAAGGUCAAUUACGAUUAAUUCAAAUAUUCUUGUAAAAACAAAUCCAUUUGAAUUAAUUUUAACAAGCAAUAACUCUGAAUUAAAGAAUGAAGAUAUGGUGGGAAUAUAAGUUAGUUAAACAACAACAAUUGCCAUAUGUCAUGUUAAUUAGAGAUUAGCUCUUGAAGAUCAAAAUUAAUCAAUCAUCAUAUGGUCACUAGAAAGAAAAUAGACAGAAUCUAUUUUGCAGCAUUCCUCUUUGAAAAAUAAUAAAAUUUUAUCAAUGGCCUUUUCUGGGAAUGGUUAGAUUUUGUACUCUUGCCAUACGAAUGAAGUAAUCAAAUAUUGGAAUGUAACUGAUAAAUUUGCUUUGAUUAAAUCAGAAGAACUUAAAACUGUAAAUAAUGUUGAUAGAAAAAUAUUACUUUUGUACAUAUUCCCACUGAAAGAAGAGGAAUUCAUAGCUGUAUGGUAUGAAGAAAGUUAAGUUUGGGUGGAUGCUUAGGUAAAUCAGAUUGUGGUUUAAACCAAAGAAGUUGUAGUAUUGGAUGAAGCUAUCAACUAUCCUUUAUCAUCAUCAAACUUCAUAGCUGGGUAUAAUGAAGCCAAGAAUUUAGUCGCAGUCUAAUAUAAGGCUAAUCUAAAGAUAUAUGAUGUAUCAUAGUAAAAAGCAAAAGUUAUUGUAGUUUUGGAAGGUAAUUAUCUUGAAAAAUAGCCUCGUUCUUCAAUACUCCAAUUUUCAGAAGAUGGGAAUCACUUACUAGCAUUAGGAAUUAAUCAUACCCUAAGGUUUUGGGAUAUUUCUGAUUAAAAUAAGAUUGUGUAAAAAAUUAAUUAGUCAAAAUUAGUUGAAACACUUGCCUUUGCUUUUAUAAACUCAUCAACAAUCAGGAUUUUUAGUAAAUCUGGGGAAAUAAUUGAUGAAAACAUUUCUGAAUAUACAUAAACAGGAGUAAUCGAAGAGGGUACUUAAUUUGAUUUUGAUAAAGCAAACAUUUAAUUAGGAGUAUAUUUUUUUUUUGGAAAGUUUGAUCAAAGAACUUUAUAUAUUAUGGAUGCUUAAACUAAUGAAAUAAAAUAUACUUUGAAUUAGUUUAGUUCUCAAAUUAAAUAGUUAUAAUUUGCAUCAUCUGGAGAAAAAUUCAUACUUGGUAUGGAAGAUGGGUCAAUUUUGUUAUAUAUGAUUGAUUCUAAAACAUUAAAAAAUUAUGAAAACCCAAUUUGCUAUUAUACGUUUGCAAAAAGUCCUCUCUUGUAGGCCAGUUGCUGUAACAUUUAAUAAUCAAGAUUUCAAACUAUUGAAAAUGAAAAUUUUGAAAAGCUAUUAUUGACUGAAAAGGGAGCUAUCAAAUGA